AUGAGGGCACGGUAUAUGCUUGGUUUCGGUGUUUUGUGUCUGUUGACAUGGGCUGUUUACGUGUCAGAAAGCAGCCCGACCGAUAAACAGGCUAAACUCAGACUGAUGUCCGUACGACGAGCAAGACAAAACAAAUCCCGACAGGGUCAGAUCAUUAAAACACGUGCUUCUUCUACAUGGAUCAAUGAUAAACGCCAACAGAUGCAGGGAGACGAAGGUGUACAAUUUAGAAGGAAUGUCCAAUCCAGAAAGGUCUUGGCACAAAGGAGACCAGCACAGGGUGGGACAAGGAAUCCAAUCCAGCAAGAUGAUGGAACACCUGGAGCCAGGGCCAGAGUGUCCCGCAUGCCAAGCAGUGCUGGUUCUCCAAACCUACUGGCGUCAUUUGCAGGGAAAAACCGCCUACUGGUUAUUUCCGCACCUCACGACUCUGAUGGCUACUACAGAUUGAUGAUGAGUCUGCUUAAACCUGAGGUUUACUGUGAGUUGGCUGAGCGGCACGUGCACCAGAUUGUCAUGUUCCAUCAGGAAGGAGAGUUGGGUGGGAAAAUCAGACGCAUUACUAAUGAAGGGAAAGUGAUGGAAGAGCCAUUAGAUACUGCUCUCAUUCCCAGGCUCAUGACCUUUCUAAAAUUAGAGAAAGGAAAGUUUGGGAUGGUUCUUCUUAAGAAGACGCUUCAGGUGGAGGAACGGUAUCCAUACCCGGUCCGACUGGAAGCAAUGUAUGAAGUUAUCGACCAGUCACCUAUGCGCAAAAUGGAAAAAGUACGGCAGAAAGGCUUUGUGCAGAAGUGUAAAGGGGCUGGGGUGGAGGGUCAGGUGGUUGAGGGUGUCCUGACCACUGAUUCCCAGGUGGACCCACCAACAGAAAGGAGAAAAGAGAUUCGGAAACCCAUUCGAAGACCAACAACAACUACCACUCCAGCUCCAACAAGACCAACAACUACCACCACCACUACCAAAGCAACUACUACCACCACAACACGUCCCCCAACUACAACCCGAUCUACCACCACCACAACAACAACGACAACAACAACAACGCGGCCAACCACAACAACAACACGGACCACCACCACUCCAAGGACUACCAGAGCUAAUACUACCCCUCAAUGGAUCCCAGCCCACAAGACCACUGCCGAACCUUACUAUUACAAUCGUAGGGACAGAUACCAGACCACCUCACCCCCAACUGACUCAGCAAGAUACAGAGACAACCACACUUCUAAAAAAGAAUACAACCAUAGACAUACCAACACUAUACCAACACAACACAAGCCAACUAAAGUAAGGCCUACAAAGAAAAAGAAUGGCGAUAAAGAUAUUAGCAACGCGUAUGAGGAGAAAUAUGACGUAGGUGUGCCUACCGAUGCCUAUCCUGAAGAAAAAGAGGAAGAAAUCGUGCCCACCAAAAGAGGCAAGGGCAAAACAGAUAAAAAGAAGAAAAAGGACAAGACAGAUAAGCUGUCUAAAAAGGACAAAGCAGAGAGGAGAGGAAAAGAUGGAAAGGGUGGUAAGAAAAAUGGAAAGAAAGUUCCAAAGAUUCUUGAGAAAGAAGAUUAUCAGAAACCAACAAAAAGACCACCACCGCCACCGCCACCUAAAGGAACUCUGGCAACCUUUUUGGACUAUUUUGAAAGCAGGAGGAGAUUAAUUUUGAUCACCUCUCCAACAGAGGAGAACAGCAUGUAUAUUCAGCAGAGGGAUGAAUACUUGGAGCACGUGUGUGAAAUGGCAAUCAGGAAAGUAACCAUCAUCACCAUCUUUGGCACAUUUAGGAAUAGCACCAUGAAAAUUGAUCAUUACCAGCUUGAGAAGGACAAGCCCAUGAAAGGUCUGAGACAGGAGGAUUUGGAGAACCAGGAUCUCAUCAUGGAGCUGAGGAAAGAGUACGGAAUGACCUACAACGAUUUCUACGUGGUCCUCACAGAUCUGGACAUGAAGGCGAAGCAAUACUAUGAAGUGCCAAUUGCAAUGAAGGCUGUGUUCGACUACAUCGACACGUUUUCAUCACGUAUCAGAGAGAUGGAGCAACAGAAGAGGGAUGGGGUGACGUGCAAAAAAGAAGACAAGCCCAGAUCAUUGGAGAACUUCCUUUCCAGAUUCCGCUGGAGACGCAGGUUGUUUGUCAUAUCUGCACCAAACGAUGAGGAAUGGGCCUAUCAGCAACAGCUUUAUGCACUGACCAGUCAGGCCUGCAACCUGGGUCUUCGUCAUGUGUCCGUGCUGAAGCUGGUCGGUACAGACCUGUUAGACAUGGGAGGAGUGUUAGAGCUUUACCCCAUCAACGGUAGUGCAACGGUGGAGCGUGAGGGUAUCUCUGCCACUCUAGUAAGAGACAUCAGAAACUACUUCCAGAUCAGCCCCGAGUACUUUUCCAUGCUGCUGGUUGGAAAAGACGGAAAUGUCAAAUCCUGGUACCCGUCACCCAUGUGGUCCAUGGCCAUCAUCUAUGACCUGAUCGACUCCAUGCAGCUCCGCAGACAGGAAAUGGCCAUCCAGCAGUCUCUAGGUAUGCGCUGCCCUGAGGAUGAGUACGGUGGAUAUGGUUAUCAUCAUCAUGAGGGUUACCAGGAAGGUUAUCAUCAGGGUUAUGGAUAUUAG